CAAUAGCGACACAUCCCAGAGCACAGCCCAAAGGUGCUUCGCCUUUUGAUCGUACCAGGGAGGUUGACAGUCUGGGUGUGGCAGCCUAGGUGUGUCGGUCGGUUGAGUCAGUGCCAGUAGCGACAGACAGAUACCAGGGCUCUCGGUAACCCUGCCUGUUCCCACAGAGAGCACAAGUGCAGGGACAGGCGAGUUUGUGCUUUUCGGCUUUAAACGGCGUCACAAAUCAAUCAACUGUCACUUUCUGGACGAUUCGCUUUCGUAGGAGUCCAGCUCGCUUCCUCCUGCAGAGCAGGAGUGCAUCAAAAGUUUUCAAAAAUGGCGAAUGUUUUAAUUUUCAACAUUUGCCUGAUGAUGGUCCUGUCCUGUGUGGACUCGUGUUUUAUCCCGAACAAUCUCUAUGUGCUUGUGCCACAAACAAUUCCGGCUGGAUACGAAGUCACAAAAGUUACACUUACCGACUGCGACACCAACUCACUGCACUUCACUUUGAAGGACCCGAGUUUUACAAUAAAGACUAAUGGGGAGAUAGUGGCUGUAAAUACUGUAUCUGUGGCAACAAGAGGGCGGACAUUUUCUGUGUGGGCUCACGACGGCAGGGGACCGGAAAGUGAGAUAGAAGUUCACCUUGUCCACAGACAACUCCAGAAGAGAGAGUACAAAGGCCAAGGCUUCCUGAAGCGCUCCAAAAGAAGAUGGAGUCCCCCACCCUUCAACAUAUUAGAGAAUGACGCGGGGCCUUUUCCAAAAGACAUUGAAAAGAUUGUGUCAGAUUCCUCAGGCAUGCACAACGUGUACUACACGAUCAGUGGACCUGGUAGCAAUGAGCCUCCAAUUAACCUGUUCACUAUUGACAAGGACACUGGAAUGUUGACUGUGCACGGUCCGAUUGAUCGUGAGGUGUUCCCACAGUUUGUGCUGAAGACCCAAGUUUUUGACAAAACCACAAAAAAGGAGACAGACUUACCCUUGGACGUCAAAAUAGAUAUAGAUGAUGUGAAUGACAAUACUCCACAAUUCCCAGACUCGAUGCAGUUUACUGUUCUCGAGCAAAGCAAACCAGGUACAGUGGUGGGGAAGGUUAAUGCUACAGACAAAGACCAAGAGGGUACCCUCCAUGUCAAAAUCAGGUAUACUCUCUUGUCUGCAUUAAACCUGUUUGCCAUCAACCCACAGACAGGUGUCAUCACCACGGUGACUAACACCCUGGACAGAGAGGAAAAAGACAAGCAUUUGGUGACAGUUCAAAUACAAGAUUUGGACGGUGCAGUAAAUGGUCUGAAAGCGACAGGAACAGCAACAAUUACUGUUGGUGAUAUCAACGACAACCCACCAACUUUCAAAGAAACAUCUUAUACAACCAGCAUCAAUGAAAAUGAAAAGGACAAACUUAUCCUUCGAAUUCCGGUUGAGGACAAGGAUUUAAUAAACACACCAAACUGGAUUUCAAAAUUCGUCAUCACUAAAGGAAAUGAAAAUGGCAACUUCAGGAUGGAAACUGACCCCAAAACUAAUGAGGGGCUUCUGUAUGUCUCGAAGGCCUUAAAUCAUGAGCAGACCAAAAAUGUACAGCUUGAGAUUUCGGCCCGCAACGAAGCUGAGCUGAGCAAUGCAAACGCCAAUUGGCUGUCAAUCCCUGUGGCUGUAACUGUCAAUGAUGUUGACGAGGGCCCAGAAUUCUCAGCUCCUACUGUCCGCUUCAUCGUCAAAGAGAACAUACCAAAUGGCACACUGAUAGGAAGUUACAAAGCCAUAGAUCCUGAGACCAAGAGCAGCAAUGGGAUCAUGUAUUACAAGGCCACAGACCCAGCCUCCUGGAUCAAUGUCGACAAAAGUACAGGAGAGCUGAGGGUCGCAAACACAAUCGACAGAGAGUCACAGUUUGUCCAGAAUGGAAUUUACAACAUCACCAUGAAGGCUGUUGAUGCUAGCCUCAAAACAGGCACAGGAACAGUCAUCAUUCAGGUGGAGGAUGUCAACGACAACGUGCCACUGCCCCUCACUGGCGAGCUGGUGAUAUGUGAGCAGGACGGAGAGCUUGGGUCUGUGUUGGUUAUGGCUGAAGACAAAGACGAGGCUCCCCUUUCUUCCCCUUUCAGCUUUAGUUUGCCAUCAGACAACGACGGCAAAUGGUCUCUGACAAGAGUUAAUGAAACUGCAGCUACAUUGAGACCUACCAAAAAGCUUAUCAAGGGGCUGUACAAGGUUCCCGUGGAUAUUAAAGAUCUGCAGGGAUUUGGUGAGGUACAGGUGGUGACAGUAAGAAUCUGCGAGUGCAGGAAUGGAGUGUGCUUGGCCCAGGAUCGCUCUGUGUCAUUAGGGGGACUGGCUUUACUGGCUAUGCUGUUGCCUCUGGCUCUCCUCCUACUGCUGUUUCUACUCCUUGCCUUUUUCUGCGUGACAAAGAGGGACAACAUCGACAUUGAAGAUACAGGAGACGGUGCAGGAAUCCUGCUCGCGUCAAACACUGAGGGCAAAGGGGAUGAAGUGGAUCCUAGUCUCAUCACUGUCCCCUCCACUGAACAAAAGGAGAUUAAACAAGAAUGGCUGUCGCAGAAGAACAUGGCCGCAUUUGGAGGUCAAAGCAAAAAUGGGAACGGGAUAUAUAAUACUCAAACUAAUAUAUAUUCUGGCCAGACUCAAUAUGAUACUCAACACAUUGAAGAUCAGUAUAUAGACAAUUGUGUUGACUAUGUCCCCGAACUCCUCCCCCAUGACUUGAAUCUUCUUCACACCUGGCAAACAAAUGGCCACUAUCUACACCAGAAACUGGCCUAUUUCGGGGGAGAAGGGGACGAACGGUACGCAGAUGACAUCGUCCACUGCUACGGGUUUGAGGGGGUGGGUUCUGCAGCUGGCUCUGUGGGAUGCUGCAGUGACUAUGGCGACACUGAUAACCUCGACUUCCUAAACACACUUGGACCAAAGUUCAAAACUCUGGCAGACGUCUGCAAAAAGACAUGAACAAUGAAACGCUGAAAAUAAUGGUGUUUACUUUUGACUGUGCAGGAUGUAGACUGGCCUGGGAUCUUAAUGCUUGGUAUGCCCCUGAACAUGAAUGAGAAAAAGAACAAGCAGGUGGUGUCAGUGUGUGCAUGCACUGCUCUGCUAUUGCAUUUUCACUGCUUUUUGGUAAAAGUCUUUUGCACUGAAAACUAUGUUGUAUAUACUUAUUAUGUUGUGUUUUACUGUGUAUUAAUGUGUUGUUUGCCUUUAAAAUUUUGCAGAUUAUUGCAGGGUUAUGAUGGUUGUUGAAUUCAUAUACGAAGUUGUGGGCUGUGGGGUUUUCUAUCAGUUAGUAACAAGUUUGGGUAUUUUUGGUAUUAUUAGUUUGAUGAUACAAUGUACGUGUGGAUGCUUUUAAACCGUUUGCUCAAUUUGAUAGUUUUUAUAUUUUUUUUUUGAGAAAAAGAAACACUUAAAUGACAAAAGACAAUGACACAACUUCAUUUCAGAUUACAUUCUUACAUUUACUUAUCAGUGUUAGACAGCAAUGCUGACUGACUUCCACUGGUUUUCGAAAAGAUACAGUAAAUGUCAGUGCAAACACAUUCCUGCGCAACUCCUGACAGUCUACUGGGCGUAGUUUCAGUCCUCUGUUGGUGAAGUUAUUGCAACACUCUGGCAGUAAUCCUGCAAAAGUCAGCACAUGGGUGUGAAUGGGAGGAGUGAGGUGUAACUGACACUCCCUGCAACUGUCUGAACGCAAGAAUUAGCAGAGAGAGGGAAAGCUAAAAAGUUCAGAAAAAUAUCCAUGAACCUGAUAAUUAAAAGGGAUCUGACUUUCCCAUAUGUGUGUAUAAGUUGUUCAUGUUGUAAUUAUGCAUGGUAAUUAAAGAGGGUGUGUGCUUGGUGAA